CAAAUUGAAGGUCUAAAUAAAAAUCACAAAAACCAAAUGAACGUAGAGAUAAACAAAACUAAAGCUCUGCAAUUAGAAAUAAACCACUUAAAGGAAAAAAAUGACCAACUAGUAUCGAAAAUUGAAAAACUCAAAUACCAGAGUUAUGGCGGAAGACGAAGCUACAAUGGACUAAACCAAAAUAUUGCACCGCAAUCCAGGUCUACGGUAAUGUCUAAGAACUCAUUAUUAGUUGACGUCAUUGGCGUUGUCGUUGAUCGAAUGGCGUCAACGGAAACUCCCAGGAAGACGGUAAAGCCUGAAUUGGUUCACUGCGAGUCCGAGAUCAGUGAUCACACCAAAGACCUUCAAAAGAAUCUAAUGAGGCAGGUACACGAGGAUGUGAUCAAUAAACCAAACAUGUUGGUAAACGAUAAAAUGGAAUCAUCCAACUCACGCGGUGAUUCGAAAGAUUUGAAUAUUGGAAUUUCUGAACUGAUGAAGAAUAAAGAUUUAUCAGACGAAUGCGACUUAAGUAGUAUGCAGCAGAUUGAACCCAAUGUGCCUGUAAAUCCUUUUUCAUUGUCCAACAUUCAUGGGACUAAAUCGACCAAGGAACAUCAAUCGGUAACAAACUUGAAAAGCAACGAUGAAGAAUUAAUGAAUGCCGAAGAAGUUAACGUACAGAAAAACAAUUCAUCUUCAGACGAUGAUGAUACGAUGAGCAGUACAUCAUCUGUUAGUGAUACUGAUUAAUAGAUAUAUCCAUGUUUAAUUUCAGUUUUAUAGAUUUUGAACAAAAAAAGGGAAUGUAUUGCCGUAAUAUUUUUAUAACAUUAUAUUAAUUCAGUUAAUCCAUUUUGGUUAUAUAGCACGUAAAUGAAAAAUUUAUAAUCCUAGACAUGCAGAUAGGUAAAUAUUUAAUUUGAGGUAUUAGGUUAUUAAGGUCAUAAGAUAAAUUUAAAAACUUUUAUUUUUAUACCACAGAAACAAAUUUGCUGAUUUAAUUAAGUGUUACAACUAUAACAUUAAAUUUGUUUAAACAGAUAUUUGACAAUCAACAUUAACAAUGGCAUUAUAAUCUAGUAAAG